GAUUUGCGCUUCGUCUGGCGUCGCAGUACCGUGUUAAAUUUGUCAAAACGUUGAAACACAAAUCAGCAUUGACAUUGUGCGGCAGGUGAUUAUAGUGCAAGCGACAGAGAACUUUACGAACACGACAUCACAAUGGCCGCGUGGAGAGCAGCUGGUUUGAAUUAUAUCAAUUAUUCCAACAUCGCAGCACGCUUACUUCGCAAGGCAUUGAAGCCGGAUGCUAGAGCACAAGCCGUCCGGCGGGAUGAUUCGCACAUCAAAUUUACCAAGUGGCAGGGUGGCAGGCCAGAGAAUGAAAAAUAAGAAUACUAUGGCAUUAUGAUUACUCGUAAGUGGUAAAGAAAUUAUCAACGAGUAGAACAACGCAGAAAUAUACAUGGCUCUAGUAAAUCAAGUAAUAUGAAUAAACCAUGUAUGCUGUUUGACACA